AUGCCAGUGUCGUGUGUUGCGUAUGGAUGUACAAAUAGAUAUAAACCUGGUCAGACUAUUCAUUUUUUUCGAUUUCCUUUAGCCAAUGUUAAUCUGAAUAAAAAAUGGAUUGCCGCCAUAAAAAGAAAGAAUUUUACACCAACGAAAUGGAGCCGUUUAUGCAGUGAUCAUUUUGUUUAUGAAAAUUAUCAAACGUCCAAAGUUCCAAGAAAAGAACCUUUUGAAAGAAAUCUCAUUCAAAUUGGAGAUUCAAAUUUCAAUGCAGCAGGAGAAUAUGACAUUCCAUUAGGAUUAGUUGAUGAUGAAAUUGGAACUUCUGAUGACAUUCCAUUGGAAGAUGAUGAAAUUGGAACUUCAGAUAACAUUCCAUUGGAAUAUGAUAAAGUUGAUGAAAUAGUUCUUACUACCAAUAAUAAAGAAGUUCAAACAGUCAAUACUUACACCAGUGAACUUUUAUUGAAAAAAAAAAUAAGAACUUUGCAGCAAAAGUUAAGAAGAAAAGAUAAAAAAAUAUAUAACCUGCAAGAAUUAUUGAGUGAUUUGAAAAGUUAA